AUGGUGCUUCUGGGUGCAAUUGACCAAGGAACUUCGUCCAGUCGAUUCCUCGUCUUUGAAUCUGAUACUGGAGAACUGGUGUGUAGCCAUCAAGUAAGUGACUUUUCCGUGUUUAUUGAUUUGAGUUAGGUUUAUUUUUUAAUUGAUUUAAACUUUUGUUAUCUAAAAACAUUUUUUACCUAAAAUUAUUUGUUAAAAGAUUUACUAAUUUUUUAAGAGUUUUAUUGCCUAAAAUUAUGUUAUUAACGUUUUUAUUACCUAAAACCCCGUUUUGAACCGAGAAAUUGUAUCGAAAGUUCUUUUGUUACCUAAAACGUGAUUAUUACACAAAUAAACUUCAGAUCGAAGUCCGCCAACAAUUCCCGAACCAUGGCUGGGUCGAGAUGGAUCCCAAGGAGAUCCUCGAGACCUGCACUACCUCCAUCAAUAAGUGCUGUGCCAAAUUGGAAGCCAUGGGCAUCUCCAAAGACGAAAUCAAAUCCAUCGGCGUAGCCAAUCAGCGCGAGACAUCGCUGGUCUGGGAUAAGACCACUGGAGAACCACUACAUAACGCCAUCGUUUGGCUAGACACAAGAACUGCUGAACUGGCCGAACAAGCCGUCAAGAAGACUCCAACACAGUAGGUUUUGACACAACUUUCAGGUUUUGCUACCUAUUUUUGGAAAAUUGAAAUUUUGAAAAGGAGAAUCGUUUUAAACCUUUUUAUAAAAUGAUGUAAAACGACAUUCUUAACCACAAAUUUUAGGGACAAAGACUACUUCAAACAGAAGACCGGCCUGCCAAUCCACCCCUACUUCAGUGCCUUGAAACUGCGAUGGCUCUUGGAGAACGUGCCAGAAGUAAAGGACUGUCUGAACAAGGGAAACCUUCUCUUUGGUACAGUGGACACCUGGUUGAUCUGGAAACUAACUGCUAGCAAAGCCCAUGUCACUGACGUUACAAACGCCUCCAGAACCCUGCUACUGGACCUUCACAAGAGGAAGUGGAGCUCCGAGUUGUGUACCUUCUUUGAGAUUCCUAUGGAAAUCUUGCCUUCAAUCAAGUCCUCGGCCGAAGUCUAUGGCCACAUCCAGGACGGCGUGUUAGCUGGUGUGCCAAUCGCUGGCUGUUUGGGUGACCAACAGUCUGCCAUGGUAGGCCACAACUGCUUGAAGAAGGGCCAGGUCAAGAACACCUAUGGUACUGGUACCUUCAUGUUGUGCAACACUGGAGUCACUCCAGUUUUGUCAAAGAACGGGUUGUUAACUACAGUAGGAUUCCAGGUAUGUGUUGUAAUUUACUUUUAAUGAUGUUAUUUAUUAACAUUCUGUAAUCAAGUUGAGUCUUAAAAAGUUGUUUUUGUUAUUAUUGAUCGGUUUUUAAAUCUUAUUUUUGAUGACUACAAAACACUAAUGAUGAUUUAAGAAGAAUACUUUGUUACCUAUGAUGUUUAUGACUACAGACACUUAAAAUAACAUGAUUGUGGUUUUAGUUUGGUCCUAACGCUCCAGUAUGUUACGCUUUGGAGGGCUCAGGAUCAAUUGGAGGUAACGUCGUCCGCUUCCUCCGUGAUAACCUCGGCUUCAUCAAAGAGGCCAAGGAGGUGGAAGACAUGGCCAGAUCUGUCAAAGACACAGAGGACGUCUACUUUGUACCAUGCUUCACAGGACUGUACACGCCUUACUGGGACGCUUCGGCUCGUGGUACCAUUUGUGGUCUAACCCAAUGUGCCACUAAAGCACACAUUGCCAGGGCUGCCCUUAAGGCCGUUACCUUCCAAACAGCCGAAAUGGUCGAUGCCGUAGAACACGACAUGGGGGACACCAAAGUGGAAUCCAUCAAGGUAAUGUUUACAGAUGAUACUCUUGUUUGCUUUAUAUUGCAAUAUUACGUCGACAUAUAACUUGGUAAUCUAAUCUAAAGUUUCUCGACCUCACGCAAAAUGCAGUUUGUCACGCCAACUAAUGUAUUUCCAGGUUGAUGGUGGUAUGACCGCCAACAGACUCUUCAACCAGAUGCAAUCCGACACAGUCGGGCGCCCGAUCGUAUGUUCGAAGAUGGCCGAGAUCUCUGGUUGGGGUGCUGCCAUCGCUGGAGGUCUAGGAGCUCAACAAGUAACCUUGGAAGAGUUCAGCGGCCACACCAGCCAGAAGGUGGAGGCCUUCAACCCUGAGAACGACCACGAAGUCAGAGACAAAGAGAUGGCCAAGUGGAAGGAGGCGGUUAAGCGAGCACGCGGAUGGGAUGUCACCAAAGCUUAA